GUUUCUCCUUUCCCUUUAUUAUUAUUAUCCCACCUCUCUCUCUCUCUCUCUCUCUCUCUUUCUUUCUUUCUUUCGCCCUCCCUUCUUUCUUCUUCCCGUCUAUUGUACUAUUUUAGUACAAGGUAGUAUUUAGAGGAACAUCAAUGAUCUUUUCAAAGCCUUUCAGCAUCCUUUUAUUGUUGGCAUGUCUUAUAUCCAUUGUAUUUGCACAGACAUUGUCCAUUACAUCCAGUAGUUUAGUAAGCAACACUAGUACUACAGAGACUGCUACCGAAACAAGUCUGAGUAGCAAUCCGAGCAGCACAGUUACGAGUAUCCCAACCACUACCAGUACUAGUAAUUUAUCUACAGAAGUUACGGAUAUAGGCACUGAGCCAUCAACGACCUCUACUGCUAACAGUCCCAGCAGCAGCAAUAAUAUCAACAGCAGCAGCAGCAGCAGCAGCAGCAGCAGUAUCACUACGUCCACGACAAGUGGUAGUAAUAACAAUGCAAAUGCACUUCCCACAGUGCAGACCCCAGGCUGGAAUUCAAAUGGAAAUAACGAAAAUGUGAACCAGCAGAGCUGGCUUAGACAACACAAUAGAUUUGUAUUUGUUAUUUUCCUUGGACUGAUAUUUCUAUCUGUCUUGAUUUGGUACAUUGUUCGUAGUGUAAAAGGGAUGCGUAAGAGAUUAGAACAAGAGAAUCAAGCACAACUUUACAUGAUGCAACAAGCUACUUCGCCUCCUCCUCCUCCUCUUCAACAUGCGCAACAACAAAGAAGUGAUCGUGUCAUUCCAGAAUUAACACAAACUCCUCCACCCGCUUAUAAAGAAGAACAUAGACCAUCCUAAUCUUUUUUUUUUUUUAUUUUUUUUAUUAUAAUAUAUAUAUAGUCUAUUUGAUAUCGUUGUUUUUUUUUUCAUUAUAUAUAGAGUUUAUUUAAAACUCCUUUUCUUUCUCCCCCUUUUUUUUUUUUCUAUAAUAUAACGAUGUAAUAUAUUUCAUAGCAAAUAAUAAUAAUUCUUAUUUCACUUCUUUAAAUAGAAGCUUUUUUUA